AUGCUCCCCAAAACCCUCUAUAAAGUUUGGGAUUUGAAAGCGGCGCUGGAUCCGCGAAGUAUUUGAAAAAUCUGAUUUUUUGCAUCAAUUUGAGCAUAAAAGAAAAUUUUUUGGUCUUGAGCUGAAAUUUUAGAGUUCUUGGGCUGAAAAUUCAGAUUUCUUGAUUUUUCAGCUUGAUUUCAAGCAUAAAAAUGACCUAUAGGCUGAAAAUUCAGAUUAUUAGCUAACUUUUGAGCCCGAACAUGACUAGAUUCGAAAAAUUUUGAUUUUGGGCUGAAAAUUCAGAAUUGCGGCUCCAAAGCCCAAACAAGGUUAAACUUCAGAAUUUCAGAUUUUGAGCUGAAAAUUCGGAAGUUUCGCUCUAUUUUGAGCACAAAUAUAAAGAGCCUCGUGAAAUUUGCGUUCUUUUGAGCCUAAACAUGACUAAGCCGCCACACCGCAAGCCGCCGACAACCACCACGACGAGGAAAGCAGCUCGAAUGCGGAAGAGGAUGAAGACGACGAGGCACGAUUACCGGGAGCGGUGUUCCGCGCUGCCGCCGCAAGACCGCGACGUCGACCACAAGCUGUUCCGCGAGCAGCAGCGAAUAAUCCGCCUGUGCAGAGAAAUCCAAAUCCAUAUGUGGUAAGAGUUUUUUUUUGGGCGCGAUUUUUGAAUUUUCAAAUUUUUUUUGAUAUCAAAAAACGUGAAAAUAUGAGACUUUCAGCAUUUUUUAGCUGAAAAUCCCGCAUUUUCAGCCAAAAUCUGA